UCUUAUGCCUGGAGGUGGCCUUAAACUCAGGCGGCCCAUUCCAAUGUAUGGUAACUUUGUGGACUUGGUUCACUGGCAUAAUUGUAUCACUUCCUUGGCCUCCCGUAAUCUCUCUUGAAACCGGGCCAAGGCUCAUUAGGGCUUUAGAAUUCUGGACAUGUCUUCUCUGGACGCAUUGCUGGAAAGAGGAGUGUGGCUUCUGGAAACGCCUUGCAGCAGGAUUGACACUGUUGGGUUCAGCUUUCAAGACUUGAACAAGUUUGAUUUCUGCAAAAAUGUGACAAGCAAGACGGAGAAGGAGCCGCACAAGUUCCGUGUGAUUCGAGACGACUUGCUGCACCCGACGCUCGGUGGAAACAAAAUCAGAAAGCUCGACGCUGUGGUUCCGUUCCUCAAGGACGAGGAAAUCACUGAUGUGGUGACUUGUGGAGGCUGUCAAAGUGCUCAUGCUGCUGCUGUAGCUGUGGCGUGUGCUGAGCAUGGGAUGUCGGCUCAUUUGCUGCUACGAGGUGAAAAACUUGAGGUCACGACUGGAUAUAACUUGAUAUCGGAGGUUUAUGGAAACGUGGUGUAUGUUCCAAGAACCGAGUAUGCCGAUCGACAAAAAAUGUUCAGCUCGCAUAUGGAACGUGUUGCUUGUUCUGAAGAACCAGUUCUUUGGUUGAAUAGCAACUCUAUCACCAGAGAAACAAUCACUCCUUCAGAAAAUUCUAAAUUGCUUGAACCCGGAAGAGGAAGAAGAAAAUGGGCCGUGCUUGGAGAAGGUGGUGCGAGUGGUCUAGCACCUCUCGGUGUGUGAUUUUCAACUUUGAUAUGUUUGUAUCUCUAAUAUUUUUCAUGCGAUCUAUGAUCGGGCUUUAUAAGACUUGUGAGAUGGCUAAGCGAAAACGAAGUCUUCGAACGAGAUGACAAGAUCAAAAUCGUGGUCGAUUCUGGCACUGGAACAUCCGCCAUUGACCUGGCUCUAGGAAUCGCUUUGCUCGGGCAUGCUCGAGUUUAUAUCCUUUUGGUGGUAUAUAUCCUUUCUUCCAGCC